AUGGCAUCCAAAUACACAGAACAAAACGCAGACAAGGUCAAAGAGGCCCACAAAACCCUCUACGAUGCCGGUCUAGAAAUGCGCAACAAGGUCGCUGGAAAGGAAUACGUCGACCGCGCUCUCGAAGCUGCAACUUCAGAUUUCGCCAAACCCAUGCAGGAGCUAGCUACAGAGGGAGCAUGGGGAGCCAUCUGGACACGACCGGGUCUAGAUCUCAAGACCAGGAGUUUGUUGAAUGUAGCAAUGCUGUGUGCUAUGAACCGUGGUCCAGAAUUGGCUGUUCACACAAGAGGAGCACUCAACAAUGGAGCUUCUGAAGUGGAAAUUCGAGAGACCAUUUUGCAGGCGGCAGUCUAUGCCGGUAUGCCUGCUGGAAUGGAGGGCACAAAGAUUGCUCAGAAGGUCAUUGAGGAGUGGAAGGCAAAACAAUAG